CCGGCGGCAGCGGAGAGCGGCCUGUGGGCCCCGGGGGCUUCGCUGGCCGCGGAACGUUCUCUUUUGUUCCGCCGUUCGGGUCUCCCGGAGGGGAGUUGCGCCCGGCCGGCAGCGUGUCACGGCGCGGGAGGUGGUUCCGGGGUAGAGAGCUGGGCUCCGAGUGCACAGCGGGUGUUUGGAGCCCGGCCGCGUCUCUGGGCCACGAGCAGCGGUGCGGUGCUCGCGGAUGACAGAGCACCGACUUUGCUCUGCUCUGCUCACAGCUCGCUGGUGCUUGGCGUGCAGUGACGCGGCACGGUCACGCGUUCUGCGGUCGUUGCCAAAGGGAAGAGGUGCACGACUUCGUUGUCUUUUAGGAAAUAAGGCAGCUCCUUAAACUAAACCGAAUGGGAGUGUUGCUUUAUGGCUGCUUUGCUGGGUUGGAGGGAGCCGCUAACACGCUGCCGGCUGCUGUCCUGAAGCAGAACAGCCCCCCCUAGCCUUGCUUGGGCUAGUGUCACCUGCUUGUGUACAGUCUGGUGGCUCUGGAGCCCACACAGUGUGCAUCUGAUCCCUUUCCUAGGUAGCCUUGACCGACUUUGUGAAGGAGAAAAAGUCCUUGGAAAUCUGCUGCGCCAGCUUUGCUGUGCAGUACGCCUGGCAGUUCUCCAAGGUUUUGGUCUCAGGAGGAUCGCUAUUAAAAUACAAUAUAAAAUGGAAACAUUAUUUUCAUGCUCCUGAGGCAACAGGAAGAAAUGUAUGGUUAAUUUAGGUCUGUGAUAAUAACUGUUUAGCUGUGAAGAGCAAAGAAAAAGGGAGAGCAGAGCAUCUGGCUGAAGUUGCCAGUUGUCUCAGGACUCCAAGUGAAGAAGAAAAGUCAGCAGAAAGCUAAUAAGAUGACAUCUCUACCAAGGAGGGUGAAAUCUGAAGCCAAAGCCCCUACAUCAGAAGUUGAUGAACUACCCUCAUUUCUUAAUUCGAGCUCUGAAUCAGAAGAGGAAGAAGAGGAAUGGGAGCCAAAAAGCAAAACUGCCAAGAGACCUCGGUUGCUGAAGAAAAAUGAGGUAAAACCUAAAAAAAUUGCUGCUCCACGGUCAAGAGUGGCUGGGAAAAAAGUCAAGAAGAUAGCAAUAAAAAAGGAAAUGGAUGUAUCGUUGCCUAUUGCUCCUGCAGAAGAUAAUAAGAUACAACUUCAAAAGGAAGAAAACGUAGGCAGUAAAUUGAACACUUUAAAGCAAAUGCCUUUACUGCCUAAAAAACCUGAAGUAAGUCCAUUCCAAGGAAUGAAUGUAAAGAAUUUAGAGAGUGAUGAAAAACCUUCAACGAGUGCUCCUGUAGUAGAAAAUCAAGUAAAACAUGAGAAGUCUGAGGAGGAUUUUGCGUUUGAUGAACCACCUUUAAAAAAGAUGAAAUCAGCUACAUCUCCUGAAGGAAAGCCGGUAAAAAGUCUAGGAAGCAAUAAAGUGAAAGAAGAAUUUGAAAUGAACUGGGAUAUUGUACAGGUUUUGUCAGAUAGAACAAAUGUUGAGCCAUGGGUAUGUGCAAACUUAAUUCGCCUCUUUAAAGAAGAAAAUACAAUUCCUUUCAUUGUUCGGUAUCGAAAAGAGCUCAUCAAUAAUCUGGAGGCUGAUGCCUUGCGAGAAGUGCAGCAAACAUUAGAAGAGCUACGUACUGUUGCUAAGAAGACACAUACAAUGAUACAGAAGUUGAAGAAAGAAGGGAAACUAUCAGGAUGCCUAUUUACAUCAUUGUUAAAUUGCAGAACUUUGGAAGAAUUGGACCAUGUGACUACACCUUAUAAAAUGGGGAGUAAAGGCACCAAAGCCCAGAGAGCCAAGCAGCUGGGAUUAGAACCUGCAGCUCUUUCUCUUCUGCAGAGUCCUAUGGCACUCAACCUCUUCUCUUAUAUUAGACCCAAUACCAAAGGGCUUGCAAAUAUUCAGGAAGUAGAGGCUGGAGUUCAGCAUAUUCUAGCAGAUAUCUUUGCUAAGGAUAAAGAUACGCUGGAUUUUAUCAGGAGAUUAUGCCAGCAAAGAUACAUUUGUAUCCAGUCAGCAUUGGCAAAAGUGUCAUCCAAAAAUAGCAAUGAAAAAGAUAUUGAUAAAUUUCAAAUAUACCAUGAGUUUUCUUGUAAUAUAAAGAACAUUCAGCAUCAUCAGAUUCUGGCCAUUAACCGAGGGGAAAAUCUGAAGAUCCUGACAGUGAAGGUCAACAUUCCUGACGGGGUGAAGAAUGAAUUCUGUUGGUGGUGCGUCAAUGAAAGAUGGAGACCAAAACAAUUUUUAAAACCAGAGUUAAUGAGGAUACUACGAAACUCAGUAGAGGAUGCAUACAAACGCCUCAUAUAUCCUCUCCUUUGUAGAGAAUUCAGAUCAAAGUUGACAUCUGAUGCAGAAAAGGAAUCUGUGAUGAUGUUUGGAAGAAAUCUCCGGCAGUUGCUUCUGACCAGCCCUGUGAGGGGUCGUACUUUGAUGGGAGUAGAUCCUGGAUACAAACAUGGCUGCAAGUUGGCUAUUAUUUCACCAACCAGUCAGAUACUCCAUACCGAUAUUGUAUACUUGCAUUCUGGUCAAGGAUUUCGUGAAGCUGAGAAGAUAAAAAGGCUUCUGCUACAGUUCAGCUGUAGCACUGUUGUGAUUGGCAAUGGCACUGCCUGCAGAGAAACAGAAGCUUACUUUGCUGAUUUAAUUAUGAAGAAAUACUUUGCACCACUGGAUGUUGUUUACUGCAUUGUCAGUGAAGCAGGAGCAUCUAUCUACAGCGUGAGUCCAGAAGCAUCCAAAGAAAUGCCAGACCUUGACCCUAAUUUAAGAAGUGCAGUUUCCAUAGCUAGACGCGUACAAGACCCACUAGCUGAGCUAGUGAAAAUUGAGCCCAAACACAUAGGAGUUGGAAUGUAUCAGCAUGAUGUAUCACAGACCUUGCUCAAAGCAACUCUGGACAGUGUGGUUGAAGAGUGUGUCAGCUUUGUAGGAGUUGAUAUUAACAUCUGCUCAGAAAUACUAUUAAGACAUAUUGCAGGAUUGAACGCCACCAGAGCUAGAAAUAUUAUUGAAUGGCGAGAGAAGAAUGGACCAUUUAUAAAUCGAGAACAGCUCAAGGAAGUUAAAGGUUUGGGUCCCAAAACUUUCCAACAGUGUGCUGGCUUCAUCAGAUUCAAUCAAGACUAUAUAAAGACUUUCUGCAGUAACAAGAAAACUCAGCUUGGAAGUCAUACACUUUUCACUAAAGCAGGUACACAACUCACCAGUGAGAAACAAGGUAAAAAGAAGAGCAAGCCAACACCAAGUGCCUCAUACCAACCCAAUCCUUUGGACCAAACUUGUAUCCAUCCAGAGUCUUACAGCAUUGCAAUGAGAUUUUUAUCCUUCAUUGGAGGAAACACAAAUGAAAUAGGAAAAUCGGAUAUGCAGCAAAAAGUAAAUGCAGUAAUUCAAAAGGAAGGACUGGAAGGGACAGCCAAAAGGCUAAAUACAACGGUGCACACGUUGCAGCUAAUCAUUGAUGGUCUAACUCAGCCUGAAGGCUUUGACAUCCGAACAGAUUUUGAUAAACCUGACUUCAAGAGGAGCAUUGUCUGCUUUGAAGACUUAAGUGUUGGUACUGUUCUGACUGGAAAAGUUGAAAAUGCAACACCAUUUGGAGUUUUUGUUGAUAUUGGUGUGGGAAAAGCAGGUUUGAUUCCAGUGCGAAACAUAACAGAAUCUAAACUUUCUAAAGUGAAGAAGAGAAGAAGCCUUGGGUUAGGUCCUGGAGAAAGAGUGGAAGUUAAAGUGCUGAAUGUCGAUAUUCCUCGAUUAAGGAUUACAUUGGAUCUUAUUCGUGUUUUAUGAGAGGGUGGGUUUUUUUUUAUGAUUGAGUUUUCAUUUCAAGUGUUAACAGGGUUCUAGAGAUUCAGACAUUUAAUGAGAUUGUUGAAAGUGAAACAAUUUUUUCCCCAUUUCUUGAAUCCUUUCUAGAGCAGUUUAUUGGAUUACCUCCAAGAAACCUGGUUAUUUUGUCUGCAGAACAAAUGAAAUUCCAGUGUGCUGUCAGACACAUCUCUUACCUGUUCUGUCUGUGCAAGAUUUGCUGUCUCAAUUAUUGAUCAGUACUACACCAGCAGACAUCUACUGUUCCCCUUCAAAAAACAGUGAUAUAAUUUCCAUGUUUUCUGGAAGAGACUCUGAAAGAAGGUUACCUAGUUUUAGAAAAAAGUGAUCUUAUUAGGUUAGUUGGUGAUGACAUCGAUUCAAAAGUAGACUGAAGAAAAGAACAUCUGCUAAUACUAUUGAUGGUUCAGAAAUAUUCCGUUUUAUUUGAGCAGCAAUAUUAGGAGGUCUGUUUUCCUCUCUUAUGAUUGCUUGUUCAGUUAUUGUAUUGAUUAACACACUUGAAUAUACCUUGGGGUUUAAGAAACAUUGCUCAGAGAUGUAAUGUUGUACUAUACAUGUACAAAAUAAAAACAUUUCUGUCCA